AUGCUUGGCUCGGACGCUGACCGUCCAGCCCGGGAUGUAGGCUCAUCAUCUAUCUUUUCGCGUAUUCCAGUGUCAUCCGCUCCGUUCAGCAGCGCUCCUCCUCCGUCGGCCCCCAGUGCGAUGUCGCCGCCCACCGCCCCAGCGAGGCCCUCUCCUCUUGAAUACUCGUCCUUUCGACGAUCCCACACGCCCGAGAAGUCGUUUUCGAAAGCCCAACCCGGAAGGCCAUACCGAUCUAGUUCGGGUGGUAUGUCUCAGCCGUCCGUGGCGGAACAGACUAAAUUCGGAGGCCUGUCGCGCGUCCCGCCCUCAUCGCAGUAUCCGGACAAGCCCAGUUCCGCACAUCACUCGCCUCAAGUAUCGUCCGCCGAGCCUUCAUACAACGAGACGCGUCGAUUCAGCUUCAGCGCACCCGCUCCUCGACCGAACAGUCAGCCCCAGCACCUCGAGGCGCCUCAGCGACCGGCUGGGUAUAGUCCCCUUGCACGAUCGGCGGCUGCACCGGGCGGUGGAGAUGGCUUUGGAGGAGCGCACCAGCGGCAAGCGUCAUAUAUGGGUCAGGAGUCUCAACACAACCGAUUUGGGGGAAUAUACGUGGAUCGUCAUUUGGAAGAACAAGCGCACCGAGAACGAGAGAGAGCUAUUGCACACGAACAAGAGUCCAAGGCGGCCCACCCUCAAUCACGGUAUGGUCCAUACGGGGAACGGGACCCUGCAGCCGCCCGGCAGCAGAGUGCAGCGACGUGGGAGCUUGGUCGCUCGCAGCCACCGUCACCUGAAGCGAAGCGUUUCCCUGCCCCUGAGCCAGGCUCCGGAUUUGGGUUCGGCGCGAUCCAAAGCUACACUAAAUCUUUGGGCUCUCAACUGGGAGGCUCACGACAACCUCCCCUAUCAAUCCAGCCUCGACAAGGUCAACCUACGCCUCCCCCUCAUGAGCAGCCGCCAUAUUUGAGCAAGCUCCAAACCGAACAGCGUCUAUUUAGCUCGACCCCGUCAGCCGGCCCGUCAUCUUUGGCUCGUUCCGCUUCGUCAGAUGACCAACGGCGGAAGGGAAGCGACGAGUUGCUUCAACACAGAACCCUUCUGGGGGUCGGUCUCGACGCGAAACGUGGUGGGCGGGCGUCACCUUUACCCCAAGCGGUACAAGGUGCCCAAGCCCAGAUCCUUGGGCCAGCCGGCGAGGCCGGUAUCAAGAGCGAACUUGGUCGGGUCUUCUCAGGUAUUGGCAGCGGCGUGGGCGGAGUGACCGCCACCACAGGCAGUGGCCCUUCCACCCCAAUGGUUGCCAGUCCUUUCAAACGUGACAGCGUCACUGCGAAGUCAGCAAACAGUGAAACCACUACGGAUGAGACUAAGAUCGGGCGACCCACGUCGGCGAAUGGCAAAAGACCAAAGAGGUCCCGGGACGAAGAUGGUCGAGCGGAGACCGAGGCUGGUACAGAUGGGCGGCUUGCCGCCUCGGCGCGUGGUAGUCGUAGGGGUCGUCACGUUCACCAUCACCAUCAUCAGUAA